AUGUGGGGGUGGGAUGGGGGAUAUGGGGUUUGGGAGGGGGGUGGGGGGGUUUGGUUUGGAUGUUGGUUUUUUUGGGGUUGGGAGUUGGGAUGUAGAGGGAUGGGAUAUGGUUGGGAUUGGGGGGUGGGGAAGGGGUGGGGGAAGUUAGGGUGGGGGGAGUUGGGAAUUGGGAAUGGAAUGGUGUUUGAGGGUUUGUGGGUGGGGGGGGGUUGGUUAAGGGGGGAGUAG